UUUUUGCCCUCUCCCUACACACCCUGCGUUUCCUCUCUCCCAGCAUUCAUCUUGUGACGUAUGAUAAGCAAUUGACUAACUUGUCUUUGAGGCCAGGCCACACAGAGUCUCUCAGUGAUGAAUGCGGGGACAGCAAAUGCUUCUGCCCUGUAAUGGCAUCUGCGGAUCACUAGCUGGAGGCCUUGAGACUCUAAGAGCCAAGCUAUUCAAGUGCUAGAAAUAACACCGCAUGGCUCCCGGUCUUUCCUGUUUCCUCUGUGUCUAUCAAGAAGGAGCAGCUGUUUUUUGAGGCCUUGCUUUCCUUCCCACGGCUUUGCUCACCCCCACCCUGCUUGGCCUCCAAACACAGAGCCUUCACUUCUCUAUAAAUACAGUUUCUCUCCAACACAACUUGAUUCAUUCACGCAGGGUCCUAGUUCUCUCUCUCCGCCAUUCCAAUUCUCCUCUUUCCAUUACAUUUAAGAGAACCCUGGCCUGGGGCGGUGGCUCACACCUGUAAUCCCAGCACUUCGGGAGGCCGAGGUGGAUGGAUCACUUGAGGUCAGGCAUUUGAGACCAGCCUGGCCAACAUGGCGAAACUCCAUCUUUACUAAAAAACAAAAAUUAGCUGGAGGUGGUGGCACAUGCCUUUAGUCCCAGCUACUAGGGAGGCUGAGGCAGGAGAAUCACUUGAACUCGAGAAGCGGAGGUUGCAGUCGUGCCACCGCACUCCAGCCUGGAUGACAGAGUGGGACUCUGCCUCAAAAAAGAAAAAAAGAAAAAAAACAACCAAAAGACCAUGAAAAGGACAUUCAUUUAUGGUUUAAGAGCUGAAACCAAAAGGUAGAGGCUGCCUCGCUGAGUCUUUGCUGGGACCAUAUAUCAGCCAUUCAACUUCUUCACCAUCUAGUGCACAGCCAGGAAAGCCCCACAAGUAUUGAUUUGGGGGUUAUAAAUAAAUGUUAACAAAUAGGUGAAUUUGCAGAUACAGAAUCUGCGGGUAGUGAGGAUUGAUUGUAGAUGCACCAGCGAACUGGAGGUCAGAUUUUUAACGUAAGCAUAUGGGAGAUAACCAGCAACCAAGAGCUCGUAAAAAGGAUUCCUGGAGGGUGGUGAAGACAUUAGAAGUCUUAGGUGCUCAGAGACAGACGAUGUAAUCCCUCAGCUCAUCCGAGCUGUGGCUAUAAAAUGGGGCAACCGAUUAAGAAUGGUAAGCGUAAGACGGAGGCCAGGAUUGCUGGCUUAUGCCUGUAAUCCCAGCACUUUGGGAUGCUGAGGUGGGUGGAUCACUUGAGGUCAGGAGUUGGAGAUCAGCCUGGCCAACCUGGUAAAACCCCAUCUCUACUAAAAUACAAAAAAAUUAGCCAGGCAUGGUGACACAUGCCUGUAAUCCCAGCUAGUUGGGAGGCGGAAGUAGGAGAAUUGCUUGAACCGAGGAGGUGGAGGUUGCAGUAAGCCAAGAUCACAUCACUGCACUCCAGCCUGGGCAACAGAGUGAGACUCCAUCUCAAAAAAAAAAAAGAAGACUGGGGUAGCCAGAAGGGACCACUGUCAGCAAAGGAAGGAGGCAGGGGAGUGAAUAAAGGUCCACAGGAGAAUUAAGAAAGCGCGGGCCCCUAGGGCCAUUCGUUGAAACUAGCCAGGUUCCUGGCGAGUGUGCCAGGGAAUCAAUUAAGAAUGAAUAUGAAGCUUGAGGCCAGGCCGGCAUAAUUACCGUGUGGGCACUGUAUUUCUUUACAUUUGCUGACUGUCAAUCCAGCCUCCUGUGUUUCUGUGAAAUGCAAAGGAAGAAAUGCUGAGACUUCCCCUUAUCCUAAGGUGAAACCAAAGAAGGGGAAACUGAGUGACCUCUCCGAAAUCCUCCACCGAGCCAAUGGCGAGGCUGUAAGAGAUAUAGCCGGUCACCCGAACUAUUCUCUAGGUUACCUAACCAAACUCCUGCAAAACCACACCGCCUAUGCCUGUGAUGGGGACUAUUUGAAUCUACAGUGCCCUCGGCAUUCUACGAUAAGUGUCCAAUCAGCAUUUUAUGGGCAAGAUUACCAAAUGUGUAGCUCCCAGAAGCCUGCCUCCCAGAGGGAAGACAGCUUAACCUGUGUGGCACCCACCACUUUUCAGAAGGUGCUGGACGAAUGCCAGAACCAGCGGGCCUGCCACCUCCUGGUCAAUAGCCGUGUUUUUGGACCUGACCUUUGUCCAGGAAGCAGUAAAUACCUCCUGGUCUCCUUUAAAUGCCAACCUAGUAAUUUCAGGUCUGUCUUUACCUAUGUGGACCCCAAGCCAACAUUUGAGAAAAGGCUCCCUUCAGCGAAGGAAUGUGUGACCUUAAGUGAUGAAUUAAAAAACAAAACCGUGUGUGAAGACCAGGAGCUCAAACUGCACUGCCAUGAAUCCAAGUUUCUCAACAUCUACUCUGCGACCUACGGCAGGAGGACCCAGGAAAGGGACCUCUGCUCCUCCAAAGCAGAAUGGCUCCCCCCUUUUGAUUGCUUGUCUUACUCAGCUUUGCAAGUCCUAUCCCGAAGGUGCUAUGGGAAGCAGAGAUGCAAAAUUGUCGUCAACAAUCACCAUUUUGGAAGCCCCUGUUUGCCAGGCGUGAAAAAAUACCUCACUGUGACCUACGCAUGUGACGGAGUUUCGCUCUUGUUACCCAGACUGGAGUGCAAUGGCACGAUCUCAGCUCACCACAACCUCCACCUCCUGGGUUCAAGCAAUUCUCCUGCCUCAGCCUUCCGAGUAGCUGGGACUACAGUUCCCAAGAACAUACUCACAGCGAUCGAUCCAGGCAUUGCUAAUCUAAAACCUUCUUUGAAGCAGAAAGAUGGUGAAUAUGAUAUAAACUUCGACCCAAGCGGAUCGAGGGUUCUGAGGAAAGAUGGAAUUCUUGUUAGCAACUCUCUGGCAGCCUUUGCUUACAUUAGAGCCCACCCCGAGAGAGCUGCCCUGCUGUUUGUGUCCAGCGUCUGCAUCGGCCUGGCCCUCACAUUGUGUGCCUUGGUUAUCAGAGAGUCCUGCACCAAGGAGGUCCGCGAGAUGCAGCUGGGGAGGGAGCAGCUGGUGCCAGGAAGUGACAGGGCUGAGGAGGACAGUGAGGAUGAAGAAGAGGAGGAGGACUCCUCUGACUCUGACUUCCCAGGGGAACUGUCAGGGUUCCAUAGGACUUCAUAUCCUGUCUACAGUUCCAUAGAAGCUGCAGAGCUCGCAGAAAGGAUUGAGCGCAGGGAGCAAAUAAUCCAGGAAAUAUGGAUGAACAGUGGUUUAGACACCUCACUCCCCAGAAACAUGGGCCAGUUCUACUGAAAACCACAUGCGUCUUGAGGAGAUCGCACUUUCUGAAGAAGGAAGGAUUCCAAAUGCCCCUCCGGUUCUGGUUCACCUGUACCUUCUAUGAAGGAGAAUUUGUCGUCAUCCAACACUCGUGAAGCCAGGAAGCUAUUAAAGGGACGUUUCAAGCUGUUUCCAGCACAUUCCAAAAUAAAUGAGGAGGGAAGAGUC